GCUUUCUUUUAAGAAUGAAUGUACGAAUUUAUGAAUUGCAGUUAGAGAUUUAAGGUGAUUCUUUUUUUAUACCUCUCAUCUGAAGGAUAUUUCCCUUUGUAAAGGGACAUUUUGCUGCCUUGCUGCAUUCUGCCCUUUACCACGGAGGAGCAAAAUCCCCCAUCACACUGAAAACGUGAAAAACGCUUUUAAAAAAACCCAGCUGGGAAUAUUUUGAAAGUCUCCAUAAGGAAUAGGAUUAAAGCAAAGCAGGAACAGAGAGGAGACUGCUGCUUGCUUUCCCCUCAUUUAAAUAUUCCCGCAGCUUCCUCCAUUUUAAUUUUUCCCAAAAAACAUGGCUGUGUUAGCAGAGCCGACAAAAUCAGCAUCACUUCCCUGAUGGUCCUCCUGUGGAGCGGGGACCUCCUUCGGGAGCAGCAGCAUCCCAAAUUCCCCAGCGCUUCCAGGCACGCAGCUGGAUCCGUGCGGAUCAAUUCCCGUUCCUUUGUGCAUUCCCGGAUCUCAUCCCUCGCUCCCGGGCGAGCGCAUCCACCCACGGGCGGAGGAUGCGCUGCCAGGCUGGGAUCAGCAGCUGCAGGAUUUUGUGGGAUCUCUGCCUCGGAUGAACGCUGAUUUUUUGGGAUUGGGAAAGGAUCCUCUCCCGUCGGAGCGGCGAUUUCUCCCGGAGGAUUUGUGCUGGCUUGCCAGGAGCUUUCCAAAAUGCCUGAAGCCAAUUAUUUGUUAUCUGUGUCUUGGGGUUACAUUAAGUUCAAGAGGAUGCUGAACCGGGAGCUCACACACCUGUCCGAGAUGAGCCGCUCCGGCAACCAAGUGUCCGAAUACAUUUCCAACACUUUCCUGGACAAGCAGAACGACGUGGAGAUCCCUUCUCCCACCCAGAAGGACAGGGAGAAGAAGAAAAAGCAGCAGCUCAUGACACAGAUCAGCGGGGUGAAGAAAUUAAUGCACAGCUCCAGCUUGAACAACACCAGCAUCUCACGGUUUGGGGUGAAGACGGAAAAGGAAGAUCACCUGGCCAAGGAACUGGAAGACCUGAACAAGUGGGGCCUCAACAUCUUCAACGUGGCCAGGUAUUCCCACAACCGGCCGCUCACCUGCAUCAUGUACGCCAUAUUCCAGGAGCGGGAUCUGCUGAAAACCUUCAAGAUCUCGUCGGACACGUUUGUGACGUACAUGAUGACGCUGGAGGAUCACUACCACUCGGACGUGGCCUACCACAACAGCCUGCACGCUGCCGACGUGGCCCAGUCCACCCACGUGCUGCUCUCCACCCCUGCCCUGGAUGCCGUCUUCACGGAUCUGGAAAUCCUCGCUGCCAUUUUCGCAGCCGCCAUCCACGACGUGGAUCACCCCGGGGUCUCCAAUCAAUUCCUGAUUAACACAAAUUCCGAGCUGGCCCUGAUGUACAACGACGAAUCUGUGCUGGAGAACCAUCACCUCGCCGUGGGCUUCAAGCUGCUCCAGGAGGAGCACUGCGACAUCUUCCAGAACCUGACCAAGAAGCAGCGCCAGACCCUCAGGAAGAUGGUGAUUGACAUGGUGUUGGCCACUGACAUGUCCAAGCACAUGAGCCUGUUGGCUGAUCUGAAGACUAUGGUGGAAACCAAGAAGGUGACGAGUUCGGGAGUUCUCCUUCUGGACAACUACACGGACAGAAUACAGGUUCUCCGGAAUAUGGUACAUUGUGCAGACCUGAGUAAUCCCACAAAGUCUCUGGAGCUGUACCGGCAGUGGACAGACAGGAUCAUGGAAGAGUUCUUCCAGCAGGGAGACAAAGAGCGGGAGAGAGGCAUGGAAAUCAGCCCAAUGUGUGACAAACACACGGCCUCCGUGGAAAAAUCCCAGGUGGGAUUCAUUGACUACAUCGUCCACCCGCUCUGGGAGACGUGGGCUGACCUGGUGCAGCCCGACGCCCAGGACAUCCUGGACACUCUGGAGGACAACAGGAACUGGUACCAGAGCAUGAUACCUCAGAGCCCAUCCCCUCCUCUGGAGGAGCGGGGCCAGGACUGCCAGGGCCUGGAGAAGUUCCAGUUUGAACUGACGCUGGAGGAGGAGGAUUCAGACGGGCCCGAGAAGGACGGCGAGAGCCUGGGCUACUUCAGCAAUACAGAGACGCUCUGCGUGGCCCAGCCGGGGCAGGAGGAGCCCCAGAGGGAGGCCACCAUCGAGAUUGUGACAGAAGACACGUCUCCUGUGGACACAUAAUGGCCCGGCCCCGCGGGAGUGGCUUUUAAACACUUGCGGAGCUUGCGAGCGGCCCCCGACCGCCUCGGCAGCCGGGGCCGAGGCCUCUGCCACGGGGGGACAGAUCCUCCAGCUGCUUGAGAUUGGAGUCAGGGUUCCAGAUGGGGUAGGGAACGAUUGCUCAGGAAAUGCACGGGUGAUUUGCGUUGUGGUUUGAGCCUCGUCAGCCGAGAGCACCGCCUGGUCCUGGAGCUGGCUUGGGUCGGGCCCGAGGCGGCGCUGACACACAACUGAGAGAUUUUAUACCGUUAGUUUUGGAGUUUAUAGCAGUUAGACUGAUAGAAACUACUGAUCAAUAACUCAUAUCCAACCUGUCCACCCGACCACCUGUCUGCAGACCUGUGUGCCUUCUUUGUAAACACUUUCAUGUCUUUUCAAGAGUCUCUCAAUCCAACACACGGAGCUUGGUAGUUCAAAAGCGACACAAGGUGUUUCGGAAUUGACGGCUACUUUUUGGAUUCUUCCUGUUACCAGAAGCAGUCUUCCUUUUUUUUUUCAUGGGCAAUACCUGUCACUUUAUUGCAGUUAAUCACUUUGACAGACUAAACAGAAGGGGAAACCCUCUGCUUUGCAUUACUGCACCUUCGAUGUGUUCCUAAUCCCCCCGGGGAGCCGUCGGGAGCCGCUCGGUGCCGUCGGGCGCCGUUCCCUCGCUGGGAACAGCGGGAUUUCUUUUCCUCCCCGGGGUUUGGGUUUGUGGUGAGCAGGACAGAGGGCAGGUUUUUCUUUCCCUGGCACAGCUCAGUCCAUCCCUGAGUAAGCGUGGCAAGGCAGCGUGUGGCACGCCUUCCCCCUCGGCAGCUCCCUGGAAUUUGCACGCUCGGAUAUUUGUGUUUCUCCGGCCUCUCGUCCACGUUCCCUAGGUUUAGGUCCACCAUCCUCCUCCUCCUCCUGCACUGCCUCGAGCUCUACCACCUCCAUUACUGUUUAUAACAGUGUAUUUAUUACCUACUGUACAUACUGUAAUGUUUUGUAAGUUAUUAAUUUAUAUGAAUUAGCAUCGCCUGUCGGCGGCGAUGUUAAUGGCGUAGAAAACUCGGAAUAAGAGUUGCCUUUUUUUUCUCUCGUAACCUUUUUGUAUUGCAUAAAGUCCAAGAACCUGAACAUAGCUGAAGAGACAGACACAACCCAGCAAGGGCAUUCGGGUGGCAGCCGCCCGUGGGGAGGGGACACCGCAUCCCAGGGCAGCAAAUUUGGGAAUUUGCCAGGAAUGCAGAGAUUGAGGGCGGGGAAAAAAAAGAACUCCCCACGCCCGGGCCGGCUUUUCAAUGUCACAACUUUCCAAUUUCUGAACAACCCAAUGUGAAUUUCUAUGAUGGAAAAAAAUAAAAAAAAAAUAAUAUAUAAAAAAAAAUGUGAACUGAUGUAAUAAUUGUGCUGUGAAACUUCCUCUGACAAAGCUUGUCCGGCAUCGUGAGCGGUGUCAAUCUCAGUUUGUAAAAUAUGUUUCAAGCUUUUUGGUCCAACUCGUGACUAAUUAGUUCAUGACAAUAGCACAGUUGUGCAUGAUCAAUGGGUUUGUUUGUCUGUUGAACACUGCAUUGUUCCAGGUGGUUAUUUUAUUGUUCCCCAAAGUUUCACACUAUGUAUGUUAUAGUAUUCUAUAUUGUGUUCAGGCGCAUUCUUAAGAGAUUUUUAUAUGAAGUGAAUAAAUGAAAGCAUGACCCAG